GAAAGUUGUCGGUUCCUGCAAACGGUCGCAAACAGACAUGCAGAAGUCCCUCCUGGUCGUAGGCCUUUUGGCCGCUGUUUGCUUUGGACGCGAGAUUCAUCCUAAGAAGUGGCACCCGCUCUCUGACCAAAUGAUCAACUUCAUCAACAAGAUCAACACAACUUGGAAGGCAGGAAGGAACUUCGACAAAUCCAUCUCCAUGAGCUACAUCAGGGGUCUGAUGGGAGUGCACCCCAAGAGCAAGGAAUACCGCCUGGCAGAGUUCGUGCACAACGAGAUCCCAGACGACCUCCCGGAGAGCUUCGACGCACGGAAGAAGUGGCCCAACUGCAACUCAAUUCACCUUAUCCGCGACCAGUCCACCUGCGGUUCCUGCUGGGCCUUUGGUGCCGCGGAGGCGAUGUCGGACCGUGUCUGCAUUCACAGCAAAGGAAAGAUCCAGGUAAACAUCUCGGCCGAAGACCUCCUGGACUGCUGCGAUUCUUGCGGUGCUGGCUGCAACGGCGGAACUCCCGCGGCGGCCUGGGAAUACUGGAAGGAGAGCGGACUCGUGACUGGUGGCCUCUACGGCACCAACGACGGCUGCAAGCCUUACUCUCUCGCUCCCUGCGAACACCACACCAAAGGCUCUCUGCCCAACUGCACCGGAACCGUGCCCACGCCCAAGUGCGUGCAUCUCUGCAGGAAGGGCUACGGCAAGGACUACCAGGAUGACAAGCACUUCGGCAAGAAGGUGUAUUCUAUUUCGAGUGACGAGAAACAAAUCCAGACCGAGAUCUUCAAGAACGGACCUGUGGAGGCUGACUUUAUCGUUUUGGCCGACUUCUUGAGCUACAAAUCUGGAGUGUACCAGCACCACAGCGAUGACGUCAUUGGAGGCCACGCUAUUCGCAUCCUCGGAUGGGGCACAGAGGACGGCACCCCUUACUGGCUCGCGGCCAACUCCUGGAACGAAGACUGGGGUGACCACGGUUACUUCAAGAUCCUUCGAGGGAAGGACGAGUGUGGAAUUGAAGAGGACAUUAACGCCGGUAUCCCCAAGAACAAAUAGCUCUAAUAAAUUAUUUGUCGAAAGCAGUUCGAAAA